AUGGAAAUCAUUCCUGAAGGCCGACACUUCCGUUUGGUGCAAGAAUCAGAGCUUCCAGAAAUAUUGGAAUAUUUAGAGCGGUUUCUACCGGAAGCACUUAAGUUUCAUCAAACAAUACGUACGUACCUGAAUGAUCGUGUUUGGGAUUUUAAAUUUUAUGUCUCUAAAGAAUGGCCCAAAAAACCCAUAAUCUUACAUUUCCCAGGAUGCACGCUAACGCCCAACAACAAUAUUUAUCAAAGCUUUGGCAUCUUUUGUCCAUCAGAGCAGAUUGAACAUGUGGAUUUAAUGAGCACCGAGGAUGUAUUAAUCGAUUGGCAGCAGCCAUUGUACCUGAAUUUUACGCACAUUGCUAUAAUGAAUCGUUUGGAUGAUUUUUAUAAAAAAAUUGGCUUAAUGGAGAGACUAGAAGGCGAUAUUUAUGUGUGCAAUAAACUAAAUACGGAUCUAGAAUUUGAUGAGUUAUCUGCAGAAGCGGAGAUGCGUCAGCUAACUGUCGAUGAUGUAAAACGCAUACAUGAUCUGUAUCCGGCCAAUGAAAUUGAAUGCGUCGAUGUUUUCGAAAUAUUGGUAAAAGUAUUGCCCGGUUUGGGUAUAUUUCGUAAGGAUACUAAUGAAUUGGCCGCAUGGAUGGUGCAUUCAUAUUAUGGGGCAAUGUUCUCAAUGCAAACACGUCCUCAUUAUCGAAGAUUAGGUUAUGGGAUACGUUUGGCUACUGCUCUAACUAAAUUGGUAAUUGAACGCGGUUAUCAGCCCUUUGUUGUGAUACGUCCUCAAAAUGAAGCUUCACGCUGUCUUUACACUAAGCUAGGUUUUGAGAAAGUCUAUGAGACAUGUCGUGUUAAAAUGACACCGAAUUGCUUGCAAACAAACGGUGCUCAUGAACCGUCAGCACCCGAAUUCGAAGUCGAUGAUAAUAAAGAAAAUAAACCGAUAGAUGAAGGCAUUGAGGACAUGUUGGCUGAGAAAUGCGAUAUAAGCAAAGGUAAUGAAGCAGCGGGCCAAGAAAAAUUUUCAACUACAGAUGAAGGCAUUGAAGAUGAUAAAUAGAUAGGUUACCAGAUACUGUUUAAAACUAUAAACACAAACACACAUAAACACACGUACACAUACCAAAUAAAAAUAAUAAUAAUAAUAAUAAAAGCAAA